UCAUCCUUUUAAGCUAGGGGUUAACAAGAUAAUAUUGGAGUUUAAUAUGGCCGGGGACAAGCAAAUAGAGACAUAUCAGCUGAAUGCCCCUGCUGCAAAGUCUGAAUCAUCAAUCAAUAUUCCUGAUAAAAAUAUGGUGAAAGAUGAAUUAUCAUCUGAGUCUGUGUCAUCUGUAUCUGCUGGGGGCAAUGCUGUAUCUGGAAAAAGUGCAACUGAUCAACCUGUAAGUUCAGAGCAGGGUGUCUCUUACCCACCUACCAGCAGUUAUGAUUACUAUCAUUCAGGAUACAGUGGUAACUUUACCCAGUCAGUUGACAAAGAUUUUUCUAACACCCCUGGUGGUUCUUAUGCGGGCAUCCAACCAGAUAAUGCUUCUCUCCUAUAUUACGUUCCUAGCUAUGGUCCAUAUUCAACUGGUUUUGUAGGUGUUGAUGGAAAACAAGCAUACACAUCAUCAGAGUAUCCCUGCGCAUAUGGGUCAGAGAUGUUUCCAUAUUAUACAUAUGAUCUGGCCUAUGCUGGGAAUGGUUCAUCCAGCAAUAAAAGUAGCUCUGGGAGGUCAAAUGGAUAUAACGUUGGCAAAACUAAUGGCAACCUCUCAAGCAAAUCUUCAGCUUUGCCUUAUAAUUCCAAAACCCAACAGCCAAAUUCUUCGAGGUCUAUGUAUCAGAAUCAGUAUCUUCAUCCUUUGAAGAAGUUGGGUGCUGGUUUCCAGCCAGCUGGAAACUUCUCUUCACUUACCAGCCGGAAUCCUCGUUCUUUUCCGCAAUAUGGUCAAGUAAAUUACCAGUCGAAUCUUGGGUUGUGGAACAACAGUUACAGAUCCAAGUCAAGAGAAAAUUUUGGCAGAUGUGGAGAAAUCAAUGCUGUGAGUGAACUAACUCGUGGCCCUAGGGCUGACAAUCGGAAUUCCUCUAAGUUUCCAGCUGAAGUUGAACAACUGGGUUUUGCAAUUGAUAGGGAUAAUUACAACUUGCAAGAGUUUGAGGCAGAGUAUGAUAGUGCAAAGUUCUUUGUGAUCAAGUCAUAUAGUGAAGAUGAUAUCCACAAAUGUAUCAAAUAUGAUGUCUGGUCAAGUACUCGAAAUGGCAACAAGAAAUUAGAUUCUGCUUUCCGUGAAGCUGGUGCUAAAAUGACAGAGGCAGGAAAGAAAUGUCCAGUCUUCCUAUUUUUUUCGGUGAAUGGAAGUGGGCAGUUUGUUGGUGUUGCUGAGAUGAUUGGGCAGGUUGAUUUUGGCAAAAAUAUGGACUUUUGGCAGCUCGACAAAUGGAAUGGUUUUUUCCCAUUGAAGUGGCACAUUAUUAAAGAUGUCCCCAACACGCAAUUGCGACACAUUAUCCUUGAGAACAAUGAAAACAGGGCGGUCACUUAUAGCAGGGACACUCAAGAGAUUGAACUGAAACAGGGCCUAGAAAUUCUAAGCAUUUUCAAAAACUAUUCUGCUAAAACUUGCGUACUCGAUGACUUCAACUUUUAUGAAAACCGUGAGAAGGUGCUGAAGGCAAAGAGGGGUGGAGGCACAGUUUCUCAAACCACCAAUGGUUUUAGAAAUGCUGAUUAUGAGGCUGGAGAGUCCGCCAAGGACACUCAGUCAGAUUCUUCAUCACUUGCUGAGCUGACUAAAAACCUUUCGCUCGAGGCUCAGCCACUGCAGAGUAGUAUAUGAACACGAUCAAUAUACGAGAGAGUUUGCUUUUCAUCAGUUUUGUUAGGCAAGUUUAGUCAUUGUUAGUGAUUCCCAUCAUCCUGAUGGUUUUAUCUUGUUAGAGAUUCAUGUCUUCUUUCCUAUGUUUGGAUCUAUUUGUUUUAUUGGCGAUAUUAGUUUUCUGGAUUAUUUUCACAUA